AUGUAUCACCCACGGGAGUUGUACCCUGCCCUGGGGACAGGAUACCGCCUGGGACCCCCCCAGCCUGCAACAGAGGCCAGCUUCCCACCAGCCCUGGCAGAGGGUUACCGCUACCCAGAUCUGGAACCCCCUAAACUGGACUGCUUCCUCUCCGGGAUCGAGACAGCUCCCCGUGCCCUGGCCGCACCCCCACCUUUGCCCCCUCUGCCCCCUGUCCUGGGCACUGAACAGGGGCCCCCAGCCCCAGAGGCCCUUCACUCGCUCCCAGGAGUCAGCCUGUGCCUAGAGAAUCGGGAGCUGUGGAAAGAGUUCAGCUCCGUGGGCACCGAGAUGAUCAUCACCAAAGCUGGCAGGCGUAUGUUCCCUGCUUGCCGAGUGUCUGUCACAGGCCUGGACCCUGACGCCCGCUACCUAUUUCUCCUGGAUGUGCUCCCAGUGGAUGGGGCUCGCUACCGCUGGCAGGGCCGUCGCUGGGAGCCCAGUGGAAAGGCAGAGCCCCGUCUGCCUGAUCGUGUCUACAUUCACCCCGACUCUCCUGCCACUGGAGCUCACUGGAUGCGGCAACCUGUGUCCUUUCAUCGUGUCAAACUCACUAAUAGCACGCUGGACCCGCAUGGUCAUCUGAUCCUACAUUCCAUGCACAAGUACCAGCCCCGGAUUCACCUGGUACGGGCCACCCAGCUCUGCAGCCAGCACUGGGGUGGUGUAGCCUCCUUCCGCUUCCCUGAGACCACAUUCAUCUCUGUGACAGCCUAUCAGAACCCACGGAUCACACAACUUAAGAUCGCAGCCAACCCCUUUGCCAAGGGCUUCCGGGAGAACGGCAGGAACUGUAAGAGGGAACGAGAUGCCCGUGUGAAGAGGAAACUGCGGGCUGCUGAGCCAGUAGCCACAGAGGCCUAUGGAAGUGGAGAUGGACCAAGUGGGCCCUGUGACUCCACACUGGGCGAUAUUCGGGAGUCUGAGUCACAGCAGGCCCCAGCAGCUCCAUGUGGCGGUGCCAGCGCUGAGGCCUACCUGCUACAUCCCGCAGCCUUCCAUGGGGCCCCUGGACACCUUCCUAGCAGGAAUCCCAGCUUCCCUGAGACUCCAGAUUCAGGGCGCACAGCCCCCUACUCAGCUGCCUUCCUGGAGCUGCAGCCUGGGCCAGGGGGCUCCGGAUACCAGGCUGCUGCAACCCCAGGCCCCUUUGCCUCACACUUCCUGCAAGGAGGCCCCUUCCCACUACCCUACCCCGGGCCUGGGGGCUACUUGGAUGUGGGUACAAAACCUAUGUACUGAGCUAUUGUUGGGGGGAACCCCCUCUGCCUGUCUUCUACCACAAACCUCCAGUUCCCUUCCCCCAGGCCUGUUGCCCCACUUCCACUUGCCCCAUCCCCCACACCAAAUGGCUGCCUUGAGCCUCCCCCCACCCCUACUUCACACUUUGAUUUUACUCCCAACCCCCUCUGGCUUCAAAGCUCUGGCUAAGCUGCUGUGAGUCCAGCUGGGGCCAGCUUCCCCUUCCCCACUCUCACCUCUGUGUGAAUGGAGGGAGGCUCCUGACCAAAUGGGCUAGGCCCAGCACUCCCACCUCCUCGCUUCACCCUGCGGCUCUACCUCCAGGCCCCGGGGACAAGCCACACCAGUCUGCUCU